GGCGAGGGCGCUCUUCACUCACUCAAGUCUCUGACUGUCUGUAUCCAAUGGCCAGCGUAGGGUUUCGUCGUCCUCAAUUCUCAGAGGAAUUAGCCUGGCUUCCUGUUUGGCUUCAGCAAUCCAGUGAGCUCGUUGAGGAAGCUCCAAUCGCAGAUAAAGAACCGAUUGAGGGAUUGGCAUCUUUAAGAGUGAAUAUUAGUCAGGAAGGAGAUCUGGACCGCUUGUCCAGGGAAGAAGGCGGAUAUAACAGUUGUCAUUUAUUUUUAUCUGGAGAAGACUCUUCACGGAUUAGUUCUGCUUCUUCUCCUGGUGAUGUUCUUCAUCUUCGUUUAUAUUUGUCCUCUGAUAGUGAGUCGCAAAAUCGCCAAAGUCAACUUUCUUGUGCAUUUCGUGGUCAGUGUGACUCUGAUAAAGUAUUGCCAGUACCAGAAGUUGAAUUUUCAGCUGCGACUGGAGAAAAGGAAGACCAAACAAAAACAAAAAAUGAUGCUGUUCGAGCAGAUGUCUUGCCUCCGACUUCCAUCCCUGAUGCAAUGGAGAAAUUUGGCCCGGAAAACCUCACAGACAAUGGGGAUUGCAGGGAGCUGUCUGAAGAAAAACUCAAUGUGAAAAACUUUGAAGAUAGUGAUAGUAGUGAUGCAGUUGAACUCUCUGUUGCUGCAUCUGAAGCGCUUGUCAUACAUGAAUUAGUGAACAGUAGAUCAGAAGCUUUGGGAACAGAAGCUGUACUUGAAGCAGCCCUUCAGGUGAAGCAAGCACGGUUGGAGAGCUUAGAGGGUGUCUCCAGUUGUCCAACUGAGGAAACUGACGAGAUUGAUUUUCUUUCAGACUUGGAUGAUUUGACCAUGAUGGAUGCAUUUGAAGAUGUAGGUUUAUCUUUUAGUAGCUUCAGCAAUCAACAUGCGUGUGGUUCAGAUAUUUGUCUAGUAAAAGAUUCUCCUAUGUCAAAAAAUUGUGAUGGGUGUGACAAUAGACAGAAACACGUAUCCCUUUUGCCUCAAGAAAAUGAGCAUUCCAAUGAUCUAGCUUCUUGUUUAAAAACCCCCACUCUCGCUAGUCAUCACUUGCAGUCAGAAAAGGAGAUUUCACAUGUUUCAGAUACUGUACAGAGAGUUGGUACUCCCAUUAUGGAGACUUCAGUUCAACCUCAAGUUAAUAUGGACUCUUGUGAUGCCAGGACUCUGCAAAAUGCCAAAGAAGAUAAAGUAACUCAUUUGACCGCAGAUGGAUUUAGAAGUCGAUGGUUUGACGGUUGGACAGGGAAGCCUAGAUGGAAAAGUAUACCAAAGUGUUUUGCUGUUGAGACCAGCUUCCUCUCUGAAUCUGCUGAUGUUGCACCUGAUGAAAACUCUUUUGUGCACAAACAUGAAAGCAGACCACAGAUAGCUGCAGACGAGAGCGUACAGUUUGAAGGUUUACAUGACCAAGCUGAAGGAGGCUUUUCGGUUUCUCAAGAUGUGAAAUCUACUAAUGUGUCCUUGGUAGAUCCUCUUUGUUCUGUUGUUCCUUGCAGUAUUUCUUCAGAGUAUGCCGGUUCUCCUCUGGUUCAGGACCCGAAUUGUAGAGAAGCUAAUGCUCAAAACUGCUUCAGUCUCACAGAUGAUCUUGGGGUGGGGAACUUUUUGAGGACCUCAGAACUAAAUGUUGAAUCUGUAUAUGAGAAAGGGCAAACUUUAUCUCCAAUUACUGGCGAACGUUCUGCAGCUACAGUUCGGAGACAGUUGAAUUCUCUUAAAACAUAUAGCACACUGCCGCUUAAGUAUGAUUCUUUACGUGAGAAUGGAAGGCCUUCUCAUGAUCAAUCAACCCCAUUAAACUUGGAACAUAACUUGUGCAGUGCUAUAUUUUCUGAUAAAAGGGAUUUUGAAAGGCCCUUGCCUGUCAGAUCUACAAUAGAAUAUAUCCAUAGAGAUGCUGAAGAAGUUCAAAAUGCUAGAGUUCUGGAGAAUUCAGUUUUGCUGGUGACAAAUGACAAGAAGAGUAGCAAUGAACGUGCAAAAUAUGGGGUUGAGUUUCAGGUUAAGCCUUUAAAGGGAACAAGGUCACCUCUAAUUUUAAACCAACGGAUUCACCAACGCUUGCGGACUUCCAGGCUUUUGGUUCAUGGUUCUCUUAUUAAGAAAAAUCCUGUACGGGCUUCAAGGAAGAAUCCCUCAAAUAAGCUUCAUUAUAGCAGAAUCCUUGAGGAGACACAAUCUGAAGGUAAAAAUCGUGAUGGUUCACAAGUUUCAUCUAGAAAACGGGUUCAUUUUUCAGAAGCUGAAGGCGUGCUUCAACAAACCAACGACCAUAAGAAGCUAAAAUCUUUGCACAAAAGAUGCUCCGCUACAAGAGUUAGUAAAAGAUUUGAAUCAGACUCUUCAAUACAAGACAUGAAAAGGUGUUUCCCAGUCAGAGCUAAGGACGUGAAGAAAUUGAUAUUUCAGGAUGUAGAAUUCCUGCUUACCGGAUUUUCAAGCAUUAAGGAAAAGGAAAUUGAAGGGCUUAUACGAAACUAUGGAGGUGUUGUUCUCGCAGAUAUUCCCUCUCCUUCAAAUUCAAGGGGAAAGAGAAAUUCAAUGUCCAAGUUCCAGCAGCUUCCUGUUGUUUUAUGUUCAAAGAAGCUACAAACCACCAAAUUCUUGUUUGGGUGUGCCAUAAAUGCACCCAUACUAAAAAUUAAGUGGCUCACUGAUUCGAUUGCGGCAGGGAAAUAUAUUGUUCUGUCAAGUCGGCCAUUACCUAUGUUUCUAAGAAUUGGCAAGCCAGUUCGUGUCAAUAACCAUGCUUGUAUAUUUGACAGUGUAGGAAUAAUGCUUCAUGGGAAGCAUAGUUUCUGCACCAAGUUCGCUGCAAUAAUCCAGCAUGGAGGUGGGCGAGUAUUCAAGACCCUGCAGUGGUUAGUCCAGAGUCUUGAUUCCGAAAAGAUAUCUUUGGGAGUUAUUGUUGCUGAGGAUGAAAGUAGGGCAUCACGGCACUUGAGGCACUGUGCCUCUGAAAGGAAGAUUCCUGUGAUGCCAACUAGCUGGAUUGUAAAGAGCUUACAUUCAGGGAAGCUUCUUCCUCUGACAGUAAACAACCAUGCUCCUUCUCGCUCCAUUAUGGCUCCUGAAUUCCCCUUGUCCAUGGAUUGGAGUCAAGAAAUUUGAACUUUGCAUCUCUCCCCAAACCAUACAAGGAUCUUAUUGAAACGUACCACUUGUGGAGGGCUAAGAUGGUUGAUCAAAUCACCCACCUGACCUUUCCUGAAGAAGGAUGUAAUUUAUUUGUCCA